AACUAUCGAUACUAUCGAUAGUCCCAUCGAUAAUUUGACAACUCUAGGUUGGACUGUCGUGUCUGUUAUAAGAAAUUAAUUAAAUAGUAUUUUUAAGUCGUAUGUAAUCAGUUUCCCUUUUUACCAGCGAAAUGUCAAGUAUGACUAACUUAUCCAGCAAUGAAAAAGGGGAACUUAUUGAGCAAGUUAAGCAACAAAUCGCAGUGGCCAAUGCUCAAGAAUUGUUGACUAAAAUGACAGAAAAAUGUUUCAAAAAAUGUAUUGGCAAGCCGGGCGUCGCAUUGGAUUCCUCAGAGCAGAAAUGCAUUUCGAUGUGUAUGGACAGAUAUAUGGACUCUUGGAAUUUGGUGUCCCGUACAUACAGCAACCGAUUGCAGCGCGAGCAGGGCAAGAUGUAGGAUCGAUUUUAUAUAGAAAAUCUGGUUAUAAGUUUUUUUUAUCAAUACUUUAGAUACAACUUAUCCCGUUAAUAGAAUUAAAAUAUUUUGUAAAAAAUCAUAAAUUGUUAUGCUAAUAUUUCAAACAGCAAUUCUAAUACAUAUUGUACUAACACGAAAGAUAUGUUAAAAAAUGAAAUGUAUCAGGAAAGUAUGAAAAAUAUAGUGGAAUAAAAUUACCUAAUAGGGGCCUUCAUCUAAAGUGAUAAAGGGAUGCAUUGCUUAAAUUUAUCAGUUUAUCCGCAUUCUUUCAUGAAAGCACCUUUGUAAAUAAUUGCACAAAAUUUUUUAUUAUUUAACUUAUCUGGCUAGUUACGUUUAAU